AUGCAUCGUGAGCGGAUCUUACAAACCGGCUUCUCUAUAAAAGCCCUCGUCUCUUUGUUUCAUCCGUUAUACGCUCCAAGUGAUUAUGCAGCCAUUACAAUGGAAAAAAAGAACCCUAUUCACGGUAACUUGUUUUACGCGCAGUUGAAAAUACUACUCUUGCUGAAUUAUGGCGCUGGGCGACAAGUGCGGCUUGGACGACAAGCAGGAUAUAACUAUCAAAGGCCGAGGGUACCGUUCUUCUUACCGACCGAGAACGUACCUGCCUAUCCCGCACAACGUCCCAACUAUCCCAGUUAUCCUACUUAUAAUUAUCCUGCUCCUUAUCGACCUUUUCAACCAGUUCUUCUAUCUUAUCCAUCUCCUCAACCAUCACCUUCUUAUCCGUCUCCUCAACCACCACCUUCUUAUCCGUCUCCUCAGCCCCCACCUUCUUAUCCGUCUCCUCAGCCACCUCCUUCGUAUCCAUCUCCACGGCCACCACCUCCUUCCUAUCCAUCACCACAGCCACCACCUCCUUCCUAUCCAUCACCACGACCACCACCUCCUUCGUAUCCGUCUCCACGGCCACCACCUCCUUCGUAUCCAUCUCCUCGACCGCCACCACCGCCAUCCUAUACAUCUCCACAGCCGCCACCUCAAACGCAAGAAGUUAUAAUAAUAUCUACGACACCAACUCCAUAUCCUGCGUCUCGCCAGCCAACGCCAUCACCUACACCUUUUCCUCAACCAUCUUAUCCUCCGUCACGACCUCCUCCAAGACUUCCACCAGCUCCUCUUUCACCUCCACCAGCCCAAUCUCCUUAUCCACCCUCUAUACCUAGUCCAACACCAACUCCCUAUCCUCCUUCAAGACCACCCACAACACCAACUUCUUAUCCACCAUCGUACACUCCGUCGACUCUACCACCGAUAGUAACUCCGUUUCCACCAUCAUAUCCUCCGUCUCGGCCUCCACCAACCCCAACUCCACCUGGCUCUACACCCGCACCAACAUAUUUACCUCCUUACGAUCAAGGAAAUAAUAGACAACCUGCUUUUAGUGGAAGCGGUUCUUCCGCCUUCUCAUCAUCUUUUGGAAAUUCUGGAGUAGCCAAGCUAAGCGGUACCGCCACUUCGUCGAGCUCAUUCAACAUCGGCUUUCGUGGCACUCCAUCGAAUACUGCUUCAGCGAAUGCAGCGUACUAUAAUACUCAAAGUCCUUCUGCAUUCGCGUCGAGCGGAACAUUGUCGCAAGUCACGAAAAUAACUGGACCUGCUGCUGCGCCAGCAUCCUACAAUGUUCCAGCUAUUUCGAGCCCAGGAAUUGGAGGACAAAACGCAAAUUAUCCGACAUAUGCUCAAGCACCGAGCCCAGCAUAUUAUCCUGCUCCUGCCCCUGCCCCUGCUCCAGCAGCACAACCAGCUCCAAAUUUUCUUACAGCCAGUUAUCCUAUUCAAGCACCACCUAAUACUGCCUCACAAGCAGCUUUCAAUCCUGCACCGCCAUUCUUGUCAAGUACGCCAACUCUACCAGCUGUAAAUUAUGUUCAAAGUCCAGCUGUAAAUUAUGUUCAAAGUCCAGCUGUUCCAGGAGUCGUUGGACCUCCCGUUCAAGCUUAUUCUCAAGCUACGGCUGUAGCUGCUCAGCCAGGAUAUCCAAGUUAUCAAUCUGUUGCUCCAGCACCAGCACCAGCACCAGCACCAGCUCCAGCAUUUAUACCUAGUCCUGCCUUUCAAACAGUUCCUAGUCCUGCACAAUCAACUUUUGUGAAUCCACCAGCGCAAACCUACCUCUCAGCAAACGUUCCCAGUUAUCCUAGUUACCAGCAACAAUCGCCGGCAGCACCAAUGUACAAUUAUCAGCCGUCGAUACCAACAGCAGUACAACAGCAACCAUCGUUUGCACCAGCCAAUCCACCAUCGAUCAGCUAUAUUCCACAACCGGGAUGA